AUGAGCACGGUUGUUGUUGAAGAAGUAAGGGACUUAAAAGCGCUAUUACAAGGUGUAGUGUCGGACAAUUUGGUACCGGAUGAGUUUCGGUGGAACCUCACCACCAACGGAGACUUUAAGGUGUCUAGUGUUUCACUUUUGGUGUCUAAUGCAAAGGAGCUAGCUUGGUCUCUUCCCAUCAUUAACAUGUUGGAUAUUAUAUGGAAGAUUACCAUUCCGGCAAAGAUCAAGAUUUUCACUUGGAGAUUCUUCAUCAAUAGGCUACCGCUUAAAGUUCAACUAGCCAAUAGAGGUGUGUCUAAUCUCACUUCCAUAGAUUGUAUUUUUUGCUCCACUCAUCCGGAAUCCUUGGAUCAUCUUUUCUAUCAAUGUCAUGUUACAAAGGCGGUUUGGAAAAGAAUUUACACGUGGUUGGGCGAGGAAGUUAAGAUCUCUUUAGAGGAAUUCAAGAACUUCGGAAGCAUUCAAGAAAAGGAGAAAAACAUCAACAUUAAAGCUACCCUAAACACAAUAUGGAUAGCUCUAAUUUGGUGUAUUUGGAAGAUGAGAAAUACAAUUAUUUUCGAUAACGGUAUUUUUAGUUUUGAUGAGGUGAUAUCAAACAUCAUGUUUUUCUCGUGGAGGUGGAGUUGUAAUAGGGAGAAUCAUAGUAGGAUUUCUUUUUAUGAUUGGUAUAAAUUACCUUUAUCUUGUAACAAAACUUUCUAG